GGUGGGCUGAAAAACAGCAAACAUGAAUGCACCCUGUCUUCACAAGAAUAUGUUCAUGAAUUACGAUCUGGUAUUUCAGAUGAGAAACUUCUUAACUGCUUAGAAUCCCUGAGGGUUUCUUUAACCAGCAAUCCUGUCAGCUGGGUUAAUAACUUUGGCCAUGAAGGUCUUGGACUCUUAUUGGAUGUGCUGGAAAAGCUUCUGGACAAAAAACAGCAAGAAAAUAUAGACAAGAAGAAUCAGUAUAAACUUAUUCAGUGCCUCAAAGCAUUUAUGAAUAAUAAGUUUGGAUUGCAAAGGAUUCUAGGAGAUGAAAGAAGUCUUUUACUAUUGGCAAGGGCGAUUGACCCCAAACAACCCAACAUGAUGACUGAAAUAGUAAAGAUACUUUCUGCCAUUUGCAUUGUUGGAGAAGAGAACAUUCUAGACAAACUUUUAGGGGCUAUAACUACGGCAGCAGAAAGAAAUAAUAAGGAACGCUUUUCACCAAUUGUGGAAGGAUUACAAAAUCAUGAAGCCUUGCAAUUACAGGUGGCCUGCAUGCAGUUUAUAAAUGCUCUUGUCACUUCUCCUUAUGAGCUGGAUUUUCGAAUACAUUUAAGGAAUGAAUUCCUCCGUUCAGGACUGAAAACAAUGUUGCCAGAUCUAAAAGAAAAAGAGAACGAUGAACUUGAUAUUCAGCUGAAAGUGUUUGAUGAGAACAAAGAUGAUGACCUAACUGAAUUAUCACACCGUCUCAAUGACAUUCGAACAGAAAUGGAUGAUAUGAAUGAAGUGUACCAUCUUCUGUAUAAUAUGUUGAAGGACACUGCUGCUGAAAAUUACUUAUUAUCCAUUCUACAACAUUUCUUACUCAUCAGAAAUGAUUAUUAUAUCAGGCCACAGUAUUAUAAAAUAAUUGAGGAGUGUGUUUCACAGAUAGUGCUGCACUGCAGUGGUAUGGACCCAGACUUCAAGUACAGGCAAAGAUUAGACAUUGAUUUCACUCAUCUGAUAGAUUCUUGUGUGAACAAGGCAAAAGUUGAAGAAAGUGAACAAAAAGCAGUGGAAUUUUCAAAGAAGUUCGAUGAAGAAUUCACAGCUCGACAGGAAGCUCAAGCAGAGCUUCAAAAAAGAGAAGAAAAAAUCAAAGAACUUGAAACAGAAAUCCAGCAACUUCGAACACAGGGACAUGGACUCUUAGGUUCAUCAGGAAUUCCAGGCCCUCCACCACCUGCACCAGCACCACCUCUACCCGGAGGAACUCCUCCUCCCCCUCCUCCUCCUCCACCUCCUUUACCUGGAAUGAUUGGUAUUUCAGCACCACCACCACCACCACCACCACCACCUUUGUUUGGGGGACCUCUUCCACCACUGCUGCUUGCAGGAGUUCCUCCUCCCCCAGGAGCACCACUUGACCUACCUUAUGGAAUGAAGCAGAAAAAAAUAUAUAAACCUGAAGUGUCCAUGAAGAGAAUCAAUUGGUCAAAGAUUGAGCCCAAGGAAUUAUCUGAGAACUGUUUCUGGUUAAAAGUUAAAGAAGAAAAGUUUGAGAAUCCAGAUCUCCUUGCAAAAUUGGCACUGAAUUUUGCUACCCAGAUAAAAGUUCAAAAGAAUGCAGAAGCUACAGAACAAAAGAAGACUGUGCCUGCAAAGAGGAAAGUGAAAGAAUUGAGAGUUUUGGAUUCCAAAACAGCCCAGAAUUUGUCUAUCUUCCUGGGAUCAUAUCGCAUGCCAUAUGAAGAUAUAAAAAACAUUAUUUUGGAAGUUAAUGAAGACAUGCUAAGUGAGGCCUUAAUUCAGAACCUUGUAAAACAUCUUCCUGAGCAGAAGGUACUCAAUGAACUAGCACAGCUUAAGAAUGAAUAUGAUGACCUCUGUGAACCUGAACAGUUUGGAGUUGUGAUGAGCUCAGUGAAAAUGUUACAGCCUCGUCUCAAUAGCAUUCUUUUCAAGCUCACGUUUGAAGAACACGUAAACAACAUCAAACCAAGCAUCAUAGCAGUAACUCUUGCCUGUGAAGAACUGAAGAAAAGUGAAAGCUUUAGCAAACUUUUAGAGUUAGUUCUUUUGGUUGGAAACUACAUGAACUCAGGCUCAAGAAAUGCCCAGUCUUUGGGUUUUAAGAUCAACUUCCUUUCUAAGAUCAGAGAUACUAAAUCAGCAGAUCAGAAAACAACCCUUUUGCAUUUUAUUGCUGAAAUUUGUGAGGAAAAAUACAGGGAUAUCCUGAAAUUUCCUGAAGAACUGGAACAUGUAGAAAGUGCAAGCAAAGUUUCAGCUCAAAUUCUCAAAAGCAACCUUGCAGCAAUGGAACAACAAAUUGUUCAUCUGGAACGUGACAUCAAGAAAUUCUCCCAAGCAGAAAAUCAACAUGAUAAGUUUGUGGAAAAGAUGACAAUAUCCAACCUUGAAGCAGCCUCCAUCUCAGAAGAUAAGCUUAAUCCUUUACAUAAGAAGAUGACACUGCAAGGCCAACUGGGUGCAUUUCAAGUAUUAGGAGAAAUGCUGGAGGAGAGGUCAUCUCUGGAAGAGAUUAUCAGUUACCAAAUCAUGGGUAUGUCUGGGGAGUCCUGGGAUGAGGGGCUAAGGCAGCUCGAACAGCAGUUAUUUGCUAACUGUAUCAUGCAGUCGCCCCAGUAUAACAACAGAGAUGGUACUUGUAGUAUUGGUCCAGAAUUGGAGCUUUACUUGGCGGAUGAGGAAGUAGAAAGGUUGAAGGAAAUUGACAGGGCUAGUGAUUAUGUAGUUUAA